GAUAAUUUACUCACCCCCAUGUCAUCCAAGAUGUUUAUGUCUUUCUUUCUUCAGUCAAAAAGAAUUUAUGGUUUUUGAGGAAAACAUUCCAGGAUUUUUCUCCAUAUAGUGGACUUCACUGGGGUUCAACGGGUUGAAGGUCCAAAUGUCAGUUUCAGUGCAGCUUCAAAGAGCUCUACAUGAUCCCAGACGAGGAAUAAGAGUCUUAUCUAGAGAAACGAUCGGUCAUUUUCUAAAAUAAAAAAAAAUUAUAUACUUUUUUACCACAAAUGCUCAUCUUGCACUGCUCUGCGAUGCGGCGCACAUUAGUAAUCACAUUGGAAAGGUCACGCGUGACAUAGGUGGAAGUAUUGCGGUAGGGCGAAAUUUUCUCCUCGAACUUCAAAAUCGUCCAACAUCAUUUUUUUUUUUGUAAAGGCUGUUUGACUUAUUCUUUGCACGUUCGCUUUGUAGACACUUGCGCGGUACUUCCGCCUACGACACGCGUGAUCUUUCCAACGUGAUUAUGUAAUGCGUAGAGCAUCGCAGAGCAGUGCAAGAUGAGCAUUUGUGUUUUAAAAGUACAUCAAUUUUUUUUUUUUUUUUUUUAGAAAGUGACCUAUCGUUUCCCUAGAUAAGACCCUUAUUCCUCGGCUGGGAUCGCGUAGAGCCCUUUGAAGUCCACUAUAUGAAGAAAAAUCCUGGAAAAAAGGUUUUCCUCGAAAACCUUAAUUUCUUUUCGACUGAAGAAAGAAAGACAUAAACAUCUUGGAUGACAUGGGGCUCCCAUGUUUACAUCGGAAACUCCUCGGCUCAACAGCACCCAAAUACAAUGUUACAACCAGACAUGUAGGGACUGCGAAGACUUCAAAUAUAUGGCAUAUACCAUCACGUACAGUGUCGUAUUCCCUAUUGGAUUCAUCAGCAACUUCGUGGCAUUGUUUGUUUUCCUGCGUAUCGAGUCUUCUAAGAAGACUGCCAACACUGUUUUUAUGACUAACUUGGCCAUUUCAGAUGCUGGCUUCUCCCUGACACUGCCCUUCCGCCUGGUCUACUACUUUAGGGGCGGUCAUUGGGACUUCCCAGACUGGUUUUGCCGCUGGUGUGUAUUUUCCUUUUACGUGAACCUGUACACAAGCGUAUUGUUUCUUACAGGCCUUAGUGUACUACGGUACAUUGCCGUGGUUCACCCCAUGCGCAACAAGACCCUGGCAACAGUGCGGCGAGCCAGUAUAUCAUGCUUUGUGAUCUGGAUAUUUGUGGCCUUCUUGUCAACGCCAUUCCUCAUGUCAGGCACUUGUGAACGGGAGGGAAAGAUACGCUGCUUUGAACCUGCGAACCUCAAGUCAUGGGAGCGCAUAUCUCACUUAAAUUAUGUGGGGGUUUCACUUGGAUUUGUCAUUCCGUUUAUUACAAUACUGGUCUGCUACGGCUGUAUCAUCUACAAACUCGCCAAUGGAAAGAAAAUCGGGAAUGGAAAGGGUAACAGCCGCCAACGUGCUUUGUAUUUGAUCGUGGUUGUCCUGAGCACGUUCCUGCUGUGUUUCCUACCAUAUCAUGUCAUUCGCACAGUCCAUCUUCAUGCCAUUGUCACAAAAAAGAACGACCAAGUCAAAGAGUAUGUCCUGAAAUUUCUGGUCAUCUCGCUGUGCACGGCGGCAUCCAACAGUUGCUUCAAUCCCUUGUUGUACUACUUCGCAGGAGAGACCUUCCGCACGACAAUCCGUAGAAUGUCAGGUCGAGCAACGUUCAGUUCGUUCAAUCACAGUGGUUUCAACCAGUCUUUUCGACGCCGGAGCCAAUCCGAAACCCAUCAGAGGACGAGACAACAAAGCUUCACUGCCGUACGCCAAGCCUGUCUGCCAUGCUCCCUAGAAAGCUCCUGUCAGGUCAUAAGCGAAAAGAAGCCUGAUGCCUGCGUGUCUGAAAAGAAACGCAAACUUUCUGACUCGGCAGAAAAGCAUUGAUGACUGACAAAGGAGAGUCUAUGCUGAUUUGCAGUGGUAAAGAUCAGAGGAAGAAAUCAGAAUGUAAAGAAUAGAUGUCUUUAUUGUUGUCUUGAAUAAGUGAACUCAAAGCAUCUCUUUUUUUCUCUCACUUCUCUAAAAUGUUUAAAGAUGUUGGCCGUUAGAUAAGUGUAGGUGAAUCUCACACAACCUCAAGAAUGGGUCCUAUUUUGACUAUUUGACCAAGCAACUUACAUCAAAUUCAAGAAAUACAUCUUGUAGGUUCAUGCAUCCCUUGAGAAUCAAACCCAUGACCUGAAUGUGCUACUGUUUGAGCUACAGGAACAUUGGGGUAAACCGCAUCCUGGACAUGUUCUUGUUCAAUUCAUUCAGAUACAAUGAUACUUAAAAAUAAAAGUCCCAAAAGGGGGUUAUCAUAGCAGUGCCAGAACCACAUUCACUGAACAGUUCUCCAAAGAACCAUUUUUUCCUCAUUUUAAUAAUCUAAAGAACCUUUUCCCACUUUUGAUCAAUGGAAAGGUUCCAUGGAUUUUAAAGGUUCUUCAUGGGACCAUAGAUGUAUAGAGGAACACAGAGGCUGUAGCUGUUGUCAAAGAUGUCGUUUAUUAAAAAUAGGAUGUGCAAAAAAAAAAAAAAAAAAGUUACAUUUAAAUAAAACAGGUGUUAAGAGUAUGAUUAAAACAAAGAUUAUUAAUAAAAACAGAACUGCUAGGUACUAAAAACAGCACCAACUCCCCUUCAUAAAAAAUUGAGGCUGGAGUUUACCGCACUCAAGCAGCACUAACAAUAACCUUGUUCAUCUCUCACUAAACUCAAUUCAUCCAUUAGCGCUCCUUUCUACUAGUGACAGCAGCUGUACAUACAUAUUUUUGGAACAUACCAUUUUCAAUGAAAUUACCCCUUUACCGUAUAUUUUAAUACAUACAUAAAAGAUUAAAGGGAUAGUUCACGCAAAAAUGCAAAUUCUGUCAUCAUUUACUCAUCCUCAAGUUGUUCCAAACCUCUAUGCAUUUCUUUGUUCUGCUGUUUUAUCUGUCUCAUUUAUUGAUAUUUGUUUUAUUGAUAGUUGAAUUGAACUUGCUGAACACAAAAGAAGAUAUUUUGAAUGGAAAAAAAUACUAUGGAAGUCAAUGGGGUCCAUCAACUCUUUGAUUACCCAUAUUCUUCAAAAUAUCUUCUUUUGUGUUCAGCAAGUUCAAUUCAACUAUCAAUAAAACAAAUAUCAAUAAAUGAGACAGAUAAAACACAUUUGCACAUAAACAUUUCCAUAAAUAGCUAAAAUGACCUUAAAGGUGGCCAUUAAAAAUAAACACUCCCACUCUGCUAAAACAUGGAAAUAAAAGAGCGAACCCCAAAUAAAUAUUAUAAAUGAACAAUACAGAAAAACAGUACAAAUACAGUAAAACACAGUAAUGGAAGACUGUGGUCUCUCCAUCUUAAUGUCAGUAAAGAACUUUUAUUUGUAUAUAAGUUUCAUCACAAACCAGUAAAGUUUGUUUGAGAAGAUAUUUGAUAGUUAAGUACUUUUCAUUGUUACAAGAAGACAUUAUGCAAGGCACAGAGAUCAUUGUUCCCCACAGGAAGAAAAAUCACAAAUGGUUUCUCUUUACUAUCUUAACUGUAUCCUCUAUAUAGAAAUUAGGUUAAAUUGAGACAAAUCUUCUUCUUAUCAGAAAUCUCACAUACCUCUAGAAACCUCUCCCAAAAAUGUCUCAAAAUCUUUUCAGAUUCAAAAGUCUGCAAUCAAAGUCAGAAAUCUUAAUAUGAGCUUAAACAUUUCUCAUCAUAUUCUUCCAAGACUAAAUUACCCAAUCUAUGGUGUCUUUCAUUUACUGUAUGAUAAGUUUCACUUUUUAUGAACUCUCCUAAGCAAUAGAAAAGAGAAACAUUUGAGCAAUAAAGUUGCCGUUUUAGUCAAGAUUUCCAGGAAGCUGAAGCUGUUUUUAUAAAGGAGUUUUUUUUUCUGCUGAUUGCAACAUUUGAAACAUUUAUCUGCAUAUCAGAAAUUCUUAAUUUUAUCAUUAUAUCAUAUAAGUUCUGAAAAUUAGAUUUCCCAAACUUCAAAGACUUCAAAGAAACAUUCUGUCACAAAAAUAAGCCACAGUUGAGAGGAAUUUCAGUGGAACAUUUGUUGGCUCACUGCAACUGUAGUCAAUAUGAUUGAAGACGGGAAGAGCGUGUAACUACAUGAUUUAUACUCAUAAUUUAUAUUAAGAGCUUCACUGACUGCUUCUAAAUAACAACAUAAUAAGGUUAAUCAGUCUUUUAGCAUACAUUAUAUAUCUCUUACAGUCACAUUUGCAGAAAUUAUAUCAAUGUUGAUUUGUAAACAGCAUUUAUUUGAGCUUUCUCAUUGCACUAGGCCAGUAUUGUCAGUGCCACCUCAGUGCAAUCAUGAAGGCAUCCUACAGGAGACGUUUUACCACAAUACUUUUGUACAUUACCACAUUUUUAAUGUCUUAUUUCUUUGUUAUUAUUAUUAUUGCAUUUUUAUAUACUCUUUAUUGUUUGUUUAAUUUCUAUUUGGUAAACUGCUUGUAAAAAUCUCUUUGUAAAGCACUAUGUGCAAGAAGGUCAUUUAUGAAGUCCGUUUCAAUAAAGAAGUUUUCAAAAAGCAAACUUAUUGGUCUUGUUUUAGUAAGUAAAUAAAACAAUUGUUUUAACCAGACAGUGAGCUUAGCAGUGUGGAAAAAGUGGUAUACUACUAACUGGAGUAUAUACUGUGUACUUGCUCCUUUUUAUAAAUAAAAAAGCUGUACGAGUCUGAA